UAAGAAUCAAGUUUGACAAGUUGAAGACAUAACCUUAGAUUCUGAAUAUUUUUUUUUUACUUGGUGUUUUCUGAUUAGAAAUUUAUAACCGAAAGAAUGUCUUCGAAGAAUAACAUCAAAGUAAUGCCCGGUGCGAUUGUUUGCGAGGAAUCCAAACUGAAAGGUGACAUUACGAUUGGAUCUCAUUCAAUUAUACACCCCUGCGCCGCAAUCGUGGCCGAAGCGGGACCGAUUGUGAUAGGCGAUUAUUGUUUGGUCGAGGAACAAGCCAAGAUCAUUCAUAGGCUGCCGUUCGAUUACGCCGAGCAAGAGAACGCUCCAGUAUUAAUCAUCGGUUCGCACAACGUAUUUGAGGUGGAUUGUGCAGUAGAAGCGUCUAACAAAAUUGGUUGCAAUAAUGUAUUUGAAUCGAAAUCAUUUGUUGGUAACAAAGUUAAUGUGACAAACGGUUGCAUUAUUGGUGCAGGCUGUAGAAUAACUGAGGAACAGACUUUAAAGGAUAAUACGAUAAUAUACGGCAGUAACUGUUUUCAAAGGGAAGGUUUAGAUCGCCCUGUGACACAGACUGCACAAAUCGAUACACUGUCAAAGAUGUUGCCCAACUAUCACCAUAUAAGGAGACCCCUGAAGAAAAAUUAAUGGCCUUUUGUUAAUUUUUUCUUAAGAUCAAUUAUUUAUUAUAGCUUGAAUACACUUUAAUUACACUGCUGAAUCUUAAAUCUAGUAUUUUAUAUUGAGGCUUUAUUAAAACACUUUUUUAUGUUAA